AUCAGCGAGGCCCCUAAACUUUAGUUUAUGCUUUGGCCCAAAUGAAAAAUAAGUAGGUAUAUCAGUAUAUCACAUGUAAUGUAAACAUGUACGUAACUACUAAUCCGCUGACCAAGAAACAAUAAUUAAAUAAAAAACUACAAAUCUUUGCUGACAAAGUCCUAGGUAUCCCAACUGAUAAAACCUCCUAGAGAGAGAGUGACAGUUCAUAACCUAAAAAGUCAUCUCUAUCUCUAUCAACCUGACAUUGGUGGUGGUGUGGGACAUGGAGGAGUCGAAAGACAUUCGCGGCGGCGGCGGCAGCGGCGGAGGUGGUGGAGGAGUUGGUCUUGUGAGGGCAGAUCAAAUAGAUCUGGCGAAAAUCGAAGAACAACAUCCUUUCAUCAAAGGUUUGUUCUUAGAAAGUAGAGGAAGAAGACAACGACGAGAAGAAGAAACGAGAGGGAAUAUUCACGUGAGGCGCGAGUGGGAGAUUGAUCCAUCAAAGCUUGUAAUCAAAUCCGUCAUUGCACGUGGCACUUUCGGAACCGUUCAUCGCGGCAUUUAUGAUGGCCUAGAUGUCGCCGUGAAACUUCUUGAUUGGGGUGAAGAAGGCCACAUAAGGCAGGCCGAAAUUGUUGCAAAUAGAACAGCUUUUGCUCAAGAAGUUUCCGUGUGGCACAAGCUUGAUCAUCCUAACGUAACCAAAUUCAUCGGUGCAACGACUGGUGGAACAGAGCUCAACAUACAGGGAGAUAACGGUCAUUCUAGCGUAUCACAUAAUGUUUGUUGUGUUGUAGUUGAAUAUCUUCCCGGAGGCGCCCUUAAGAAUUUCCUCAUAAAAAACAGGAGAAAGAAACUCGCUUUCAAAGUUGUCAUACAACUAGCUUUGGAUCUCGCACGAGGGUUAAGCUAUCUUCACUUGAAAAAUAUAGUUCACAGGGAUGUGAAAACAGAGAACAUGCUUCUCGACAAGAAUCGAACAGUAAAAAUUGCUGAUUUUGGAGUUGCGCGUGUCGAGGCUUCAAACCCCAACGACAUGACUGGCGAAACUGGCACCCUCGGUUAUAUGGCGCCUGAGGUAUUUACUUCAAAGUGUGCUAUGUUAUCUUAUUACAGUUAAACCUCUAUAAAUUGAUGCGGUCCGGACUGACAAAAUUCUAUUAAUUUAGCGAAAUAUUAAAUUAUCGAGCUAAUAAUUUAGUACGUUUUUACCGAGUCUGGACCGUAAGAAAUUAUUAUUUAAGCGAGGUUAUUA